AUGGCUUUGCCAAGUGAUUAUGCGGACCCUAGUGGAGUCUUACCCGAAGGGUUUCUUGAUCGAACGGCUAAGAUUGGGAAGGUCAUAGGGUGGGCCCCACAAGUGGACAUUUUGGCCUACUCGUCAAUCGGAGGGUUCGUAUCCCAUUGUGGAUGGAAUUCCAUGUUGGAGAGCUUGUGGUACGGUGUCCCAGUGGCCACGUGGCCAAUCCCCCAUUUUGGGUGUUUUAGUGAAACUCCCAUAAAAGAAUUGGGACUGGCUGUGGAGAUCAAGAUGGAUUAUAGGAAGGAUAGUGAGGUGGUUGUGAGUGCACAAGACAUAGAGAGAGGAAUAAGACAAGUGAUGGAGCAUGAUAGUGUUAUAAGGAAGAGGGUGAAGGAAAUGAGUGAAAACAGCAAAAAAUCCCUGAUGAAUGGCGGAUCCUCAUACUCUUCAUUGGGUCGUUUUAUUGAUCAAAUUUAA